UCAAUAGCUCGAGGUCCGGGAUUCGUGAGUGCCUACUCCAAUGCAGUCUUCCCGGUCACGCGUUACAGCUGAGGCCGUUUAGCGACGACGAUCUUCCACCUCCACAGUAUUCAACAUCAACACACCAAUAUAUCAAUAAUAAAUAAUAAUAAAAGAUAAUAAGACACAACCGGCUGAUUAAUACAAUCAUUGUUUAAUUCAUGAACACGAUCGUUGGAGAACAGAAUCCAGCUAAAAUAAUAAUAAGGCAAUUUAUCAAUAAUUAAAGUGAGUUUUGUAAAAAAAAAAAAUCAUGACACACGUACGGUUUCCUGAAGCUACCUCACGAGCGAUCUUGCUUUUGGUCUGUUAGCUGCUAAAAGAUUUUACUGAAUGUUACAAAUAAUGGAUAAUAAUUAAACUAUUUUUGACACUAAUCACAUCGAUAUUAAUAGAUUAUAUGGAAGGAAAAUAAAUGUAUAUUUAAACUAUUUUUAAAAUUCAAUUCGCUGUAUGUGAUUCCCUGGAUAAUAAGAAUAGAUAUUAAUAAUAAUCAAUCUCUGUGGUACUUAGCUGCUAUUUAAGAAGAUGAUACAUAGACAUUCUUCGUUUUCUGGCAGACAUUCCAAUGGAAAGAUUUCUUCACUGGUCGAACAGCAUGGAAGCGCCUUACGAUCGUCGGCCGUCGCACGCGUCGGACAGGCCGUCAACAUGGCCAUCGAGCGUUUCGUCACCGUCGGCGAGACCAUCGCCGACGAUUAUUCGGAGGUGCGACAGGGAAUGUACGAGGCAUGUAAAGAGGCCCGACAAGCAGGUGGCGCAAUUGAAAGGAUAUGCGAGGAAGCGGAAGAAGAAAUCAUGACCGAUCGAACGGUGCUAGUGAAAGCUGCCAGAUGCCUUCUCGGAUCUGUGACUAGAGUUCUUCUAUUAGCAGAUAUCGUAGUUGUUAAGCAAUUACUGUUAGCAAAAGACAAGGUGCAACGUAGCUUAGGUCGUCUAGAAUCGGUAAAUAACUUUACGGAGUUCGUGAAGGCGUUCAGUCAGUUCGGCGCCGAAAUGGUCGAACUGGCGCAUCUGACCGGAGAUAGGCAGAACGAUCUCAAGGACGAACGGCGGAGGGCGCAGAUGGCGGCCGCGAGGCAGGUGCUGGAACGGUCGACGAUGAUGCUUCUCACCUCCAGUAAGACUUGCCUCAGACAUCCGGACAGUACGACCGCCAGAGAGAACCGGGAUACGGUGUUUUGUCAGAUGCGGCGAGCUAUGGACUUGAUUCACUACGUCGUUAAGGACGGCGUUUUGAAUUCGGUAGAGCCUUGCUCACAAUCAAUACAGGGUGAAGAUGUCGAAGUAGAACGGAGCACGGUUUAUUCUUGUAUGCGACGUUUACAGAACGUGUUAGAGCUUUGCAGAGUUAGUUUAGAUCCCUCUUACCAAGAUACUCUUCCGGCGGCUCUAGACGCCGUCUUGGAACGUACACAAGACUUUACAGACAGUGCCUAUACAAGCCACGAACACCGCCAAGCCAUUUUGGACGGCAUCGACAGAGUGAAGGACGAAGUGGAUCACGUUCUCGGUUUAUACGCGAACCUGAUGGCAAUAGAUGGCGCGACGAGCUGUCCCGAGCUCGACUCUUGCGUAUCAUCCGCUUUAACCGCCGCAAAAGAUUUAUCGAGAGAACUUGCUCAAACCGCCUUGCAACAAGCUCAAGAGCUCAGCACAUCGACUAAGCAAAGUCAGGAGCUUGUCGGAACUAUACGGCAGCACGCUCUUAUCCCAGAACUGGAUCGUUUACACCACACCUCGGGGGCCUUUCACGAUUCCAUAGAUCACAUUUUGGAAGUUUGUAAAUUGCUGAGACACGUAGCCGUCUCCGAAACGUUACAAGUAUCCGCAAGAUUCACCGAAAUUAAUUUAAGAGUAUACGGACCACAGGUUAUCACAGCGGCCAAGUCGUUGGCCGCGCAUCCUGGUAGUAAAAUUGCUCAAGAAAAUCUAGAAGUGUUCGCCGACAUGUAUCAGUGGCUGGUUUCCGAUGUCACGUCGGUCGUUAAGGAGGUCAUCGAAGCGAGCCAGGCGCGACCCGAGAAGCAAGUUUACAUGUCUUUGCCGAGACCGGGGGUGAGUUGCUGAAGUUCACCUCACCUCGCCCCGCCCCUUUUUUUAAGAAUUUCAAAAAUUCCCAUUUUAG